GGCUCGUGCAUCAGGAAUAAGGAGUCUUAUUAAGCAGACUAGAGCACGCGCGCACACUCUCCUCUCCGGUAACUUUUCUCGUGAUGAUGGGUGCGCUCGUGGUUGGUGGUCCCAGCAGCAGCGGAUUCUCUUCACACGUCUCCGUCGCGACUCCCGGUUCUCUCUUCCUGCACGCGCACCUGGCCCCGGCGGCGGAGCGGCUCUCGCGCAGCGCGCUCUCGCCCCCGGCAGAGUUCGCGCACCUCCGCGGCGUCCUUCGGCGGCGGCAGCUGUACUGCAGAACCGGGUUCCACCUGGAGAUCCUGCCGGACGGAAGCGUGCAGGGCACGAGGAUGGACCACAGCAGAUUCGGUAUUCUGGAGUUUAUCAGCCUGGCUGUGGGGUUGGUGAGCAUCCGUGGUGUUGAUAGUGGCUUCUACCUGGCCAUGGACAGCAAAGGGCAUCUGUACGGAUCGGAAAAGCUGACGGCAGAGUGUGUUUUCCAUGAGCACUUCGAGGAGAACUGGUACAACACCUACUCGUCCAACCUGUACCGGCACGGUGAGCAAGGGCCACACUACUUCGUCGCUCUGAACAAAGAUGGCACUUCGCGAGACGGUGCUCGAUCCAGGAGGUACCAGCGCUUCACGCACUUCCUCCCACGACCUGUCGACCCAGACCGCGUGCCCGAGCUUUACAAAGACACCCUGGGACAAAGCUGAGACGAGGUUUGCGUCUCAGAAAUGCUGGACAUCAACGAAAGCCCUUCGUUUUUCGGGGCAUAAAAAGGUUACUCCAGCUCAGGAGAUACACUCCUGGAACGAUCUACCAUUUUGGUGGGUACAAUUGAGCAGAUAAUGUGUUAGCACAAAACAUCGCCAAACAUCCACAAAUCCCUUUAUAUGGAGGAUAUACGCUCACUCAUGUUGAAGAGGACAGACCUCAAGAGGGAUCUGUCAUCAUCUGGUUUAGGUAUGACGGUCUAAUUAUUGGACAUGAAGUUCACCAAACAUCCAUCACAGCCCUUGUUUCUUGAGAAUGGAAGAUUACUCUGUUGGGAAACUGCUUGGCUGUCUCGAGACAGACUUGUGAAAAACAUCUGCCCCCAUCUGGUGCAGGAAAUGAACCGUUUGUCCAUCUGAGGCGUCCUUCUGGUUGGAGCAUAAAAUGUCUCCAUGGUUGAGAAGAUGUCUGGGAAAGAUCUGUUAUUUCCACAGAACCCUUCAUCCUGGAGUGUAAAUGGUCCCGUCACGUUAAGGGGACGCACUUCUAGAAAGAUCCACCCUGAUCUAGGGUUAUAUUGAGUCAAUAAUCAGUUUAAUGGACAUAAAGGAUGUCGUAUAUCCCUUCAAAGCCCCCGAUUUGGGACCGAACCUGAGAAACGAGAAGCAGCUGGUUCACGUGGCAUGUUAACAAACUUUGACAUAAAGAGGCGAAUUUUUCAGGAGAUCAGAUCAAAUGUGCGGUUUUGGAUAAUGACGAUGGAGCUUCUUCUGGGAAGAUGUUACUACUUCUGGAACAUCCUUUAAAACAAGGACACGGUUAGACUCUCUCGAGUUUUGGAAAUAAGACACGGACAUUGAUAUUUUGGACCAGGAAAUGAUUUCCCUGUCGAGCAGCAUCUUCUGCGUAUGGGAAGAUGACGGGACGGUCAGUGAUCUACCACUGAAAUUUCUGGAAAGCUUCUGAAGGAAUUUCCAGCUGUGUCAGGACUCUGUUCUGUUCAAACACUCGCAUUAAACCUCUACCAAAUGUUCCAUUUUUUUAGUCUAUAAUUUAUGCUUUUUUUCUUUUUUUUUCAAGACAUAUAUUUAUUUUAUAUAUUUAUUUAUUUCCAAAGUAUAUUUUUUACAGGUCUAUAGAAUAUGGGGGAAAAAAAGGAAGUUAUUUUCAAGACACUGGAUUAUCCUGAAAGUAUUUUCAUAGAGGAGUUUUCGAGCUGGCUUGACUCUAAAAAUUCUGCCGUUGUUUCAUGUUCACCGCCAUGCUUGGUUUGUUUCCUGUUUUCUCAUGUCACACACACACACACACACACACACACACACACACACACACACACACACACACACACACACACGAAGCAAGAUCUUUCCAGAAUGUUCUGGAGCUCGUUCAGGAAUUAAAGACAGUUAAAAACAA